AUGUCCGAUCCUCUCUCUAUAGCUGGUACCGCGGUGGGGAUUAUAUCACUCGGUCUGCAGGUCUGCGGCGAGAUUGUCUCGUUUUGCCAGGCAUGGCGGGGUUUCAACGAAGAUAUCCAAAAUAUCAGUGAAAAGGCUGACGCGGCUCGUAUGCCACUGAGAACCUUGAGGGAGCUGAUCGAAGACUUCCAUACCACCGACCCCGCGAUCGCGAGGGACCUUGAAAAUAAGGCAAGGAGUAUUGAGCAAGUGAUAAAACGGCUCAAGACAGCGACAGAUCGAUAUGCAACUGGCACAUCCAAUACAGAAUCCUUCCGGCUCCAGCUCAAAAAGGCUGCAUAUCCCUUUAAGAAGGAAGCGUUGCGCGAAAUCGCAAGUGAUCUGGAAAGCGUCCAGGCGAUGCUCCAAACGGCGUUACAGAUGUAA